CCUGGCUUGGCCUUUGUUGCUUUUUGGCCCACAAGAACUAAGAUUUUCAAUUGAUUUUGUAAAGGAUAUAUUGUAGUUUAAUGUUAUGUACGUUAGUUUAUCAAUGCCAUGACCCCUUCAUGAUUGCAGUCUCGAGAGGCCGCGUCAAUGGUUCCAGGGAAGACUGUUGAUUUUCAGCGCAAGAAAAUCAAAGGAAGUCUCAGGAAGCUUGACGAGCAGCCUGAGUGGCUGAAAGGGGGCAAACUUCGAGACUAUCAGCUUGAAGGUCUUAACUUUCUUGUUAACAGCUGGAGAAAUGAUACCAAUGUAAUUUUAGCUGAUGAAAUGGGUCUUGGUAAAACUGUUCAGUCAGUUUCAAUGCUUGGUUUUCUGCAGAAUUCUCAGCAAAUUCAAGGACCAUUUCUUGUUGUUGUUCCUUUAUCUACCUUGUCUAAUUGGGCAAAAGAGUUUAGAAAGUGGUUGCCUGAGAUGAAUGUUAUUAUAUAUGUUGGAACUCGUGCUAGCCGUGAGGUGGGUUGA